GAUGAUGAUGAUGAUGAUGAUGAUGAUGAUGAUGAUGAUGAUGAUGAUGAUGAUGAUGAUGAUGAUGAUGAUGAUGAUGAUGAUGAUGAUGAUGAUGAUGAUGAUGAUGAUGAUGAUGAUGAUGAUGAUGAUGAUGAUGAUGAUGAUGAUGAUGAUGAUGAUGAUGAUGAUGAUGAUGAUGAUGAUGAUGAUGAUGAUGAUGAUGAUGAUGAUGAUGAUGAUGAUGAUGAUGAUGAUGAUGAUGAUGAUGAUGAUGAUGAUGAUGAUGAUGAUGAUGAUGAUGAUGAUGAUGAUGAUGAUGAUGAUGAUGAUGAUGAUGAUGAUGAUGAUGAUGAUGAUGAUGAUGAUGAUGAUGAUGAUGAUGAUGAUGAUGAUGAUGAUGAUGAUGAUGAUGAUGAUGAUGAUGAUGAUGAUGAUGAUGAUGAUGAUGAUGAUGAUGAUGAUGAUGAUGAUGAUGAUGAUGAUGAUGAUGAUGAUGAUGAUGAUGAUGAUGAUGAUGAUGAUGAUGAUGAUGAUGAUGAUGAUGAUGAUGAUGAUGAUGAUGAUGAUGAUGAUGAUGAUGAUGAUGAUGAUGAUGAUGAUGAUGAUGAUGAUGAUGAUGAUGAUGAUGAUGAUGAUGAUGAUGAUGAUGAUGAUGAUGAUGAUGAUGAUGAUGAUGAUGAUGAUGAUGAUGAUGAUGAUGAUGAUGAUGAUGAUGAUGAUGAUGAUGAUGAUGAUGAUGAUGAUGAUGAUGAUGAUGAUGAUGAUGAUGAUGAUGAUGAUGAUGAUGAUGAUGAUGAUGAUGAUGAUGAUGAUGAUGAUGAUGAUGAUGAUGAUGAUGAUGAUGAUGAUGAUGAUGAUGAUGAUGAUGAUGAUGAUGAUGAUGAUGAUGAUGAUGAUGAUGAUGAUGAUGAUGAUGAUGAUGAUGAUGAUGAUGAUGAUGAUGAUGAUGAUGAUGAUGAUGAUGAUGAUGAUGAUGAUGAUGAUGAUGAUGAUGAUGAUGAUGAUGAUGAUGAUGAUGAUGAUGAUGAUGAUGAUGAUGAUGAUGAUGAUGAUGAUGAUGAUGAUGAUGAUGAUGAUGAUGAUGAUGAUGAUGAUGAUGAUGAUGAUGAUGAUGAUGAUGAUGAUGAUGAUGAUGAUGAUGAUGAUGAUGAUGAUGAUGAUGAUGAUGAUGAUGAUGAUGAUGAUGAUGAUGAUGAUGAUGAUGAUGAUGAUGAUGAUGAUGAUGAUGAUGAUGAUGAUGAUGAUGAUGAUGAUGAUGAUGAUGAUGAUGAUGAUGAUGAUGAUGAUGAUGAUGAUGAUGAUGAUGAUGAUGAUGAUGAUGAUGAUGAUGAUGAUGAUGAUGAUGAUGAUGAUGAUGAUGAUGAUGAUGAUGAUGAUGAUGAUGAUGAUGAUGAUGAUGAUGAUGAUGAUGAUGAUGAUGAUGAUGAUGAUGAUGAUGAUGAUGAUGAUGAUGAUGAUGAUGAUGAUGAUGAUGAUGAUGAUGAUGAUGAUGAUGAUGAUGAUGAUGAUGAUGAUGAUGAUGAUGAUGAUGAUGAUGAUGAUGAUGAUGAUGAUGAUGAUGAUGAUGAUGAUGAUGAUGAUGAUGAUGAUGAUGAUGAUGAUGAUGAUGAUGAUGAUGAUGAUGAUGAUGAUGAUGAUGAUGAUGAUGAUGAUGAUGAUGAUGAUGAUGAUGAUGAUGAUGAUGAUGAUGAUGAUGAUGAUGAUGAUGAUGAUGAUGAUGAUGAUGAUGAUGAUGAUGAUGAUGAUGAUGAUGAUGAUGAUGAUGAUGAUGAUGAUGAUGAUGAUGAUGAUGAUGAUGAUGAUGAUGAUGAUGAUGAUGAUGAUGAUGAUGAUGAUGAUGAUGAUGAUGAUGAUGAUGAUGAUGAUGAUGAUGAUGAUGAUGAUGAUGAUGAUGAUGAUGAUGAUGAUGAUGAUGAUGAUGAUGAUGAUGAUGAUGAUGAUGAUGAUGAUGAUGAUGAUGAUGAUGAUGAUGAUGAUGAUGAUGAUGAUGAUGAUGAUGAUGAUGAUGAUGAUGAUGAUGAUGAUGAUGAUGAUGAUGAUGAUGAUGAUGAUGAUGAUGAUGAUGAUGAUGAUGAUGAUGAUGAUGAUGAUGAUGAUGAUGAUGAUGAUGAUGAUGAUGAUGAUGAUGAUGAUGAUGAUGAUGAUGAUGAUGAUGAUGAUGAUGAUGAUGAUGAUGAUGAUGAUGAUGAUGAUGAUGAUGAUGAUGAUGAUGAUGAUGAUGAUGAUGAUGAUGAUGAUGAUGAUGAUGAUGAUGAUGAUGAUGAUGAUGAUGAUGAUGAUGAUGAUGAUGAUGAUGAUGAUGAUGAUGAUGAUGAUGAUGAUGAUGAUGAUGAUGAUGAUGAUGAUGAUGAUGAUGAUGAUGAUGAUGAUGAUGAUGAUGAUGAUGAUGAUGAUGAUGAUGAUGAUGAUGAUGAUGAUGAUGAUGAUGAUGAUGAUGAUGAUGAUGAUGAUGAUGAUGAUGAUGAUGAUGAUGAUGAUGAUGAUGAUGAUGAUGAUGAUGAUGAUGAUGAUGAUGAUGAUGAUGAUGAUGAUGAUGAUGAUGAUGAUGAUGAUGAUGAUGAUGAUGAUGAUGAUGAUGAUGAUGAUGAUGAUGAUGAUGAUGAUGAUGAUGAUGAUGAUGAUGAUGAUGAUGAUGAUGAUGAUGAUGAUGAUGAUGAUGAUGAUGAUGAUGAUGAUGAUGAUGAUGAUGAUGAUGAUGAUGAUGAUGAUGAUGAUGAUGAUGAUGAUGAUGAUGAUGAUGAUGAUGAUGAUGAUGAUGAUGAUGAUGAUGAUGAUGAUGAUGAUGAUGAUGAUGAUGAUGAUGAUGAUGAUGAUGAUGAUGAUGAUGAUGAUGAUGAUGAUGAUGAUGAUGAUGAUGAUGAUGAUGAUGAUGAUGAUGAUGAUGAUGAUGAUGAUGAUGAUGAUGAUGAUGAUGAUGAUGAUGAUGAUGAUGAUGAUGAUGAUGAUGAUGAUGAUGAUGAUGAUGAUGAUGAUGAUGAUGAUGAUGAUGAUGAUGAUGAUGAUGAUGAUGAUGAUGAUGAUGAUGAUGAUGAUGAUGAUGAUGAUGAUGAUGAUGAUGAUGAUGAUGAUGAUGAUGAUGAUGAUGAUGAUGAUGAUGAUGAUGAUGAUGAUGAUGAUGAUGAUGAUGAUGAUGAUGAUGAUGAUGAUGAUGAUGAUGAUGAUGAUGAUGAUGAUGAUGAUGAUGAUGAUGAUGAUGAUGAUGAUGAUGAUGAUGAUGAUGAUGAUGAUGAUGAUGAUGAUGAUGAUGAUGAUGAUGAUGAUGAUGAUGAUGAUGAUGAUGAUGAUGAUGAUGAUGAUGAUGAUGAUGAUGAUGAUGAUGAUGAUGAUGAUGAUGAUGAUGAUGAUGAUGAUGAUGAUGAUGAUGAUGAUGAUGAUGAUGAUGAUGAUGAUGAUGAUGAUGAUGAUGAUGAUGAUGAUGAUGAUGAUGAUGAUGAUGAUGAUGAUGAUGAUGAUGAUGAUGAUGAUGAUGAUGAUGAUGAUGAUGAUGAUGAUGAUGAUGAUGAUGAUGAUGAUGAUGAUGAUGAUGAUGAUGAUGAUGAUGAUGAUGAUGAUGAUGAUGAUGAUGAUGAUGAUGAUGAUGAUGAUGAUGAUGAUGAUGAUGAUGAUGAUGAUGAUGAUGAUGAUGAUGAUGAUGAUGAUGAUGAUGAUGAUGAUGAUGAUGAUGAUGAUGAUGAUGAUGAUGAUGAUGAUGAUGAUGAUGAUGAUGAUGAUGAUGAUGAUGAUGAUGAUGAUGAUGAUGAUGAUGAUGAUGAUGAUGAUGAUGAUGAUGAUGAUGAUGAUGAUGAUGAUGAUGAUGAUGAUGAUGAUGAUGAUGAUGAUGAUGAUGAUGAUGAUGAUGAUGAUGAUGAUGAUGAUGAUGAUGAUGAUGAUGAUGAUGAUGAUGAUGAUGAUGAUGAUGAUGAUGAUGAUGAUGAUGAUGAUGAUGAUGAUGAUGAUGAUGAUGAUGAUGAUGAUGAUGAUGAUGAUGAUGAUGAUGAUGAUGAUGAUGAUGAUGAUGAUGAUGAUGAUGAUGAUGAUGAUGAUGAUGAUGAUGAUGAUGAUGAUGAUGAUGAUGAUGAUGAUGAUGAUGAUGAUGAUGAUGAUGAUGAUGAUGAUGAUGAUGAUGAUGAUGAUGAUGAUGAUGAUGAUGAUGAUGAUGAUGAUGAUGAUGAUGAUGAUGAUGAUGAUGAUGAUGAUGAUGAUGAUGAUGAUGAUGAUGAUGAUGAUGAUGAUGAUGAUGAUGAUGAUGAUGAUGAUGAUGAUGAUGAUGAUGAUGAUGAUGAUGAUGAUGAUGAUGAUGAUGAUGAUGAUGAUGAUGAUGAUGAUGAUGAUGAUGAU